AUGUCCUCCCAGGUUGAGCCGUUUCGCAUCGAGGUGCCCGACUCGGCAAUCCAGCGCUUAAAGGAAAAGCUUGCGGCGUCAACGUUUGCCGACGAGGUCGACUUCUCCGACGACUGGAACUACGGCGCCCCUCUGGCCGAUGUGAAGCGGUUGGCGGCGUACUGGCGCCAGGGGUUCGACUGGCGCGCCCACGAGGCCAAGCUGAACGAGCUGCCGCAGUUCCAGACGAGGGUCGCGGUGGAAGGCUUCGGCGAGCUCAACAUUUACCUUGUGCACAAGCGGAGCAGCCAGCCGGGCAGUAUUCCGCUGCUCUUCUGCCACGGAUGGCCGGGUAGCUUUGUCGAGGUUAAUAAAAUACUGCCUCUUCUCACGGAAGCUGAUCAGGGGCCGUCCUUUCACGUUGUUGCUCCGUCGCUGCCCAACUUUGGCUUCUCGGACGGCGUGAUCAAGAGGGGAUUCGGCAUCCCGCAGUAUGCAGAGACGCUGCACAAGGUCAUGCUCAAACUCGGCUACGACAAGUACGUCACCCAGGGCGGCGACUGGGGCUUCAUAGUCACCAGACUCAUGGCCGUCCAAUAUCCGGAGCAUUGCCUGGCCACACAUGUCAAUUUCCAUGCCAUCGAGCCGUACUCUGAGCUAGAGAAGAAAGGGCUCGAGCGGAGCGCCUGGUUCCGGAAGGAAGGGUACGGCUACAACGUGGAGCAGAGCACGAAGCCGUCAACCCUGGGCUUCGGCAUGGCCGACUCACCCGUUGCGCUGCUCGCGUGGAUCUACGAAAAACUGCACGACUGGACCGACGACUACCCCUGGACCGACGACGAGGUGCUCGCCUGGAUCUCCAUCUACCAGUUCUCGACGGCCGGGCCCGCGGCCAGCCUGCGCAUCUACUACGAGAGUCGGCACGCCGAGAUGGACCGCGUGGCCCGCGGCGUCGAGUACGUGCCGCGCGUGCUGCUGGGCUACUCCGUCUUCCCGCGGGACGUCGUCGUGGUGCCCAAGACGUGGGCGCGGACGCUGGGACCCGUCGUGUUUGAGCGGUUCCACAAAGAGGGCGGGCACUUUGCGUCGCAUGAGAGGCCGGAUCAGCUGGUGGCGGAUCUGAGGGACAUGUUUGGCGCACGCGGGGGGGCCGGCGAGGUGGCGAGGGUUUUUUCGGCGAAGGAUUCUCGACUUUGA